AUGGCGCCUAACCGGGUUCGCUCCGUGACUCGCAGAUAUACCUCGUUCGAGAACGGGCAUGGCCCCGUGCCAGGGACUUGGCGGACUGGUGGACCCAGCCCAUUCCCUUUUGACAAGAAUGUGCAGUUCAGUGACGACGGCCUGGAGACGAUGCUGGAGACGUGUUGGAGGCACGCCUGGCUCGCCCGUUCCGGCCACCCCUUCAAUUUUGCUUUGCGUCACAUCCCAUCAGACGACCAGUCGCCAAAGGUGCCUGCAUGUGAGUCGUCAUUCCGGCCACAAGGGCGAGCGAGCAUCUGCAAUUUGCAGUCACCAUAG